AUGUAUCGGUACAAAUGUAGGCUUAUGAGGCAAAUUAGAAUGUGCAAGGACUUGAAGCACUUGAUUUACUACCGCUUUAACACUGGUGCUGUUGGGAAAGGCCCAGGUUGUGGGUUUUGGGCACCAAUGUGGAGGGUUUGGUUAUUCUUUCUUCGUGGUAUUCUGCCCCUUCUUGAACGGUGGCUUGGAAAUUUACUGGCCCGGCAGUUUGAGGGACGCCACUCCAAAGGAGUGGCGAAGACAGUCACCAAGCAACGUGUUGAGAGUCAUUUUGACUUAGAACUCCAAGCAGCUGUUAUGCAUGAUGUGCUUGAUGUGCUUGAUGCCAGGCCAGAGGGUAUUAAGCAGAAUAUGACAAAAAACAUAUUGCAGCACUUGAGUGAAGCUUGGAGUUGUUGGAAAGCAAAUAUUCCUUGGAAGGUUUCUUCUCUGCCUGUUCCCGUAGAGAACAUGGUCCUUCGAUAUGUGAAAUCAAAAGCAGAUUGGUGGACAAAUGUUGCUCAUUAUAAUCGUGAGCGUAUAAGAGGUGCAACUGUUGAUAAGACUGUUUGUCGCAAGAAUCUUGGAAGAUUGACACGUCUUUGGCUGAAAGCAGAGCAGGAGCACCAACAUAAUUAUUUGAAAGAUGGCCCAUAUGUUACUCCUGAAGAAGCUGUUGCUAUCUAUACAACGACAGUCCAUUGGUUGGAAUCUAGGAAGUUCUCACCUAUUCCAUUUCCACCUCUAUCAUACAAACAUGAUACAAAGUUGCUUAUCCUUGCACUUGAGAGGUUGAAGGAAUCCUACAGUGUUGCAGUAAGAUUAAAUCAACUUCAAAGAGAAGAGUUGGGGCUAAUUGAACAACCUUAUGACAAUCCACACGAGGCAUUAUCGAGAAUCAAGCGACACCUACUCACCCAACGUGCCUUCAAAGAAGUUAGAAUAGAGUUUAUGGACUUGUAUAGCUACUUGAUUCCUGUGUACGAAAUAGAGCCUCUUGAGAAGAUUACAGAUGCAUAUCUUGAUCAAUAUUUGUGGUAUGAAGGUGACAAACGUCAUCUCUUUCCCAACUGGAUCAAGCCAGCAGAUUCAGAGCCACCGCCUCUUUUGGUUUACAAAUGGUGUCAAGGUAUAAACAAUUUGCAAGGUAUCUGGGACACUGGUGAUAGUCAGUGUGUUGUGAUGCUGCAGACCAAGUUUGAGAAGUUUUUCGAGAAGAUUGAUUUAACAAUGUCAAAUAGGCUUCUCCGUUUGGUUCUAGACCACAACAUCGCUGAUUAUGUCGCUGCAAAAAACAAUGUAGUCUUGUCAUAUAAGGAUAUGAGCCACACAAACUCACAUGGUCUUAUACGUGGACUACAGUUUGCAUCCUUUGUUGUUCAAUAUUAUGGUCUGGUAUUGGAUCUUUUGCUUCUUGGAUUGACUCGAGCAAGUGAGAUUGCUGUGCCACUGCAGAUGCCUAAUGAGUUUAUUACUUAUUGGGACACCAAAGUUGAGACAAGGAAUCCAAUCAGGCUGUAUUCUCGGUAUAUUGACCGAGUUCACAUAUUAUUUCGCUUCAUACACGAGGAGGCUCGUGAUCUUAUUCAGCGAUAUCUCACUGAGCACCCUGAUCCUAACAAUGAAAACAUGGUGGGGUACAAUAAUAAGAAAUGUUGGGCAAGAGGUGCAAGAAUGAGGCUCAUGAAACAUGAUGUCAAUCUUGGGAGGAGUGUCUUUUGGGAUAUGAAAAACCAUCUUCCUCAAAGCAUCACAACUCUGGAAUGGGAAAACAGCUUUGUUUCUGUUUACAGCAAAGAUAAUCCGAGCUUGCUUUUUAGCAUGUGUGGAUUUGAAGUGAGGAUACUUCCUAAAAUUAGAGUGACUCAAGAAGCAUUCAGCAACACAAGAGGUGGUGUCUGGAAUCUCCAGAAUGAACAGACAAAAGAAAGGACAGCUGUUGCUUUCUUAAGAGUUGAUGGUAAACACAUGAAAGUUUUUGAGAACUGUGUGAGGCAGAUUCUUCUGUCAUCGGGUUCUACUACAUUCACAAAAAUUGUCAAUAAGUGGAACACAGCUUUAAUAGGUCUCAUGACUUACUUCCGGGAGGCAACUGUACAUACUCAAGAGUUGUUAGAUUUGCUUGUCAAAUGUGAAAAUAAAAUUCAGACUAUUAAGAUUGGCCUCAAUUCAAAGAUGCCUAGCAGAUUUCCACCAGUCAUUUUCUACACCCCCAAAGAAAUUGGAGGACUUGGAAUGUUGUCUAUGGGUCACAUUUUGAUUCCACAAAGUGAUCUAAGGUACAGUCAGCAGACAGACGUUGGUGUGACCCACUUCAAAAGUGGGAUGAGUCACGAGGAAGACCAGCUGAUUCCCAAUCUUUAUCGCUAUAUACAGCCUUGGGAGAGUGAGUUCGUAGAUUCACAGCGCGUCUGGGCUGAAUACGCAUUGAAAAGGCAGGAAGCACAAGCACAAAAUGCACGAUUGACUCUUGAGGAUUUGGAAGACUCUUGGGACAGAGGAACACCACGUAUUAACACUUUGUUUCAGAAGGAUAGACACACUUUAGCUUAUGAUAAAGGAUGGAGGGUACGUACAGACUUCAAGCAGUAUCUGUUAUGUUAUUAUUAA